CUUUAUAUUAUGGUACAAUGCAGAUGUUAUAAUAAGGCUUCACAAAGUGUUAGAAUAAUCUUCCCAGCAGUGUUCAAGUGUUGCUUCUAUCAUCUGUGAGGCUAAAGUCCUAAACGGACACCGURGCUGGACGAAGGACAUGAGACAGCUGCUUCUAUUAAUAACCUCGGUGCUCUUAGCUAUCACAAGACCACCACAAUCUGUUCUCGCCUCACCACAGCAAAGCACAGUCCAGGACUAAAGACUGGCAGCAGGAGAGAAUAUCAACAAAUACAGAAACRCUGAAACGAGGAGCUGGUGAAGCAGCUGCUUCACAGAACCAGAGAACAUGAAGUCCCUGCGCUUCCUCGCAGCCGAGGGCUUCAUCCAGACUGGUUCCAGCGCUUUAAGGAACCUCAGCUGUGUGUCUUUUAAUCUCUACCCACUUCUCUUCAAGGCCUGCUACCUGCACGAGAAGGCUGAGCUGCUGCGCGCUCUGGUCCAGUCCUGGCCUCUUCCAGAGCUCAGCAUGCAAAGACUCCUGGGAAAGUCCACCGACUGCCAGGWGGACCUCACCUCCUGUACCUGCAGGCCGUGCCUCCAAGCUGUUGUAACGGGUCUAAAGGAUUAUGUUCUGUCCCCUCCAAGAACUUAUGCCAAGAGUCUGCAUGUGGUGGACCUGACUGCUCUCAAAGACAUYGAGCAUCAGUCCUGUCCCUGCAAGUCCUCCCUGGGUCGCUGGGCCAGAACCCAGCUCCUGACCCAGAUGUGCUACGAGACGAUGGUGGCCAUGCAGGCCAGCGACGUGACCCACUCUUCCUUUGAGACGUCCAUCGACGUGCGUCUGAACGGCUUCGUCACGGGCCGCAGCUACGAGCUGGUGGCGCAGGCCUUCCUGCUCCUCCGGUGCUGCCCCCUGAAGCUGCGCUUCGUCCGCUUCAGAGCCGACUCCCUGUCGCUCAAGCAGCUCUUCUACGUUCUCCGCCUGGCAGAGCCCGAGAUCAUUACAAAGCUGGAGGUGGUCCACAACGUCCCCCUGGAGGCCGCGCACCUGGAGGUGCUGCUGUCCAGGGUGGAGUUCCCAAAGUUACAGUCUCUAACGCUGCCAGCCGGGGCCUUGGAUGUCAGGAGGCUGGGUUCUGAUGAGGAGGACCUCCUGGCGACUAUCGGCAACCUGCUGGGACAAAUCAGCAGCCUCACUGAGCUUUGUGUGGGCUUCUCUACGCUCACCGGACAUCUUCGAAGACUCUUAUA